AUGUUAGUCUGGAGCCCUAAAAGAACAGCCGAGAAAUCUUUCACCUGCACUCAGUGUGGAAAGAGUUUCACACGCAAAACAAGUCUUGAGCAUCACAUGAGAGUUCAUACUGGAGAGAAACCGUUCACUUGUGAUCAGUGUGGAAAGAGUUUCACACAAUCAUCAACCCUUAAGGAGCACAUGAACAUCCACACUGGAGAGAAACCGUACACAUGUGAUCAGUGCAACAAAACAUUUUUGUGGGCUUCAGUCCUGAAGAAACACUUUAGAGUUCAUACAAAGGAGAAGCCACAUUCAUGUCAUUUGUGUGGAAAGAGUUUUUCAUGUUUACAAUAUUUAACACUACACAAGAAAAUACAUGCUGCUGUGAGAGAGCACAUGUGCUUUGAGUGUGAAAAGACUUUUACUACAGCAAAGUGUUUAAAACAGCACCAGAUGAUUCACACUGGAGAAAAACCUUAUAAGUGUUCACACUGUGACAAGAGAUUCAGUGUGUCAGCAAAUCUGAAAACACAUGAGAGGAUCCACACUGGAGAGAAACCGUUCACAUGUGAUCAGUGCGGGAAGAAUUUUGCACAAAAAGGACAACUUACAGAGCAUAUGAGGGUUCAUACUGGAGAGAAGCCGUUCACAUGUGAUCAAUGUGAAAAGAGUUUCACACAAUCAUCAACC